CGAAGGACUGGCAGCGGACCCAAGCAGGAGGAUCGGAAAGGAAGCGGAAAUUUACUGUUUUAGGGGAGAAUACAGAGCAGCGCACCCGGAGCGCCGCUCGUAUUCAAUAAAGUGGUGCUCUUAAGCCAAAAGGACGGCGUCCGUUUAUUCAUUUAGAUUAUCUGGCCCAAGAUACGACCGGCGGCCGUGGCGUGAAGAGCUGCUGUAGUGCGGAGAGAGACACCCCGGGUUCGCAGGGCUUGUUGUUUUUCUCUGCGCUCCCUCCGCUCGCCGACAAAGAGCGCCUCGCCGCGCCGCGACGCACCGCACCGCGGCCGCGUACCUGUUACUCCCGCAGCGCACAGGUGUCCAGCGACCCCGCACCAUGGAAGCCGUCGCUAAGUACGACUUCAAAGCCACUGCGGAUGACGAGCUAAGUUUUAAACGAGGGGAAGUCCUAAAGGUCUUAAAUGAAGAAUGCGACCAGAACUGGUACAAGGCGGAGCUCAAUGGAAAGGACGGCUUCAUCCCCAAGAACUACAUCGAAAUGAAGGCACAUCCGUGGUUCUUUGGGAAGAUCCCACGGGCGAAGGCGGAGGAGAUCCUCAACAAGCAGAGACACGACGGAGCCUUCCUCAUCCGGGAGAGCGAGAGUGCGCCUGGGGAUUUCUCGCUGUCCGUGAAGUUUGGGAAUGAUGUUCAGCACUUCAAGGUUCUGCGUGACGGGGCAGGAAAAUACUUCCUAUGGGUGGUUAAGUUCAACUCACUGAACCAGCUGGUAGAUUACCACCGGUCUACCUCGGUGUCACGGAACCAGCAGAUCUUCCUGAGGGACAUCGAGCAAGUCCCCCAGCAGCAUUCCUAUGUCCAGGCGCUGUUUGACUUCGACCCCCAGGAAGAGGGCGAGUUGGGUUUUCGGCGUGGGGACUUCAUCCAAGUGCUGGACAACUCCGACCCCAACUGGUGGAAGGGGGCGUGCCAUGGGCUAACGGGCAUGUUCCCCCGCAACUACGUCACGCCUGUCAACCAGAACAUGUGACCGGCACACGCCUUGCUCUGCCCUGCCCUCUAUCCCAAAGCCUGCCAUAACCGCCCUCGCCCAACUCGCCAAACCCCACCUCCCCCAGCCCAUAAAGGCAUCCAGACCAUCGCUGAAGAAUGUAGCAGCCCACCUCGAAGGGGGGGGGGGGGGGAAAUCAUUCGGCAAACAAUGCAGCGGAUUUACAUCACUGAGAACGUUUGGCAUGACAGUGAGUGCUGCAGGCUGGAUGGGAACUGAAGAAAAGGGAAUGGAAAGGAAGGGAAUGGGGAAAAGGAUGAGUGGGGGGACCCGGAAGCAGCAGCUGAGUCACCCAGAGAGCACGCGUCACCUGCAGACUCCCAUAGCUGCCUCUGCCCCCUCCCUCUCUCCCUCCCACUCACUCACGCUGCAGUUUGAUUCCAUACAUUCUAAUCAGAUAAAAUGUCAGUAAUAAAUAUACAUAUUUAAGAAUGAAAAGGUAAGGAGGGCUUGACGAAGUGGGAGUAGAGUCUCCAGUGUACAGACCAGAUCCGCCUGGGCAUUUGUGCAUCAACUCUGGGCUCUGUGAAUAAAAUCCAUUUAUAUAUACAGUAUAUAUAAUUAUAAAUGCACAUUUGUACGUAUGAGUAUAUAUGUGUACUGAUGGCCGAUGUUUGUUUCUCUUUCCUUUGCGUGGCAGUCUGUUCCCAAACCCCAUUCCUUCUCUCGAUGUACUUCACUGUAACCUCUGUUCCUCCUGUUGUCUGUGGGCCGUCGGGGUGCUUUGGAAAUCGCUCUGGAUCCCCGAAACGCCUUUUAAAGCAGGAACUGUUUUCCGACUCGUGGGGAAACCUGAAGCCUCCCUCUCUCUCUCUCUCUCUCUCUCUCUCUCUCUCUCGUCAUCGUAUGCGGAACCAUCUCAGCACUGGGCACGAGCCGGCCAGUGCCACGUGGGAAGGCUGGCCCCCUCUGUCCGCCGCGCCCAUUGCAGUGGCCCUGUUGGGAGGAGGUCGAGAAUGCAGCAGAUUUAACCCCCCCCCCCCCCCCCACCCUGCCUGCUUCUCUCUCGUGGAGCUGACUUGGCAUACGCAGCUGCGGCCAUCAAAUUAACCAUCUUCUCAUUUGUAUUCAUAAGUUACCUGUACAAUGUGCCCACGUGCGUGUUUAUGUAUGUAUGUACUCAUACAUACGCCCUCAUACUGUUUAACAUGCAUAACAAUCACCAGUUUAUACUGGUGAGUCGCCAUCCCAAGAGAGGAAUCGUGUCAUUGGGGUCCGCGUCCUCAGCCCAGUGUGUGUGCGUGCGUGCAUGCACUCACGUGCCAUUUCCUGUCCUCUCUGGAAUAUAGUGCCUUUUCUAACCGGUGAUUUCAGUGUGUCUGGCCUGCUGAGCGCGCUCCACGCAAGCCCCGUCUAAAAGACAAACCUCCUCCUCUUAGCCGCCAUACACAUCAUUUUAUUUAUGGCUUCUGCACUGCCCCCCCCCUCUCACCACACCCUGUCUUUGAUCAGUCUUUGUUUUUGUUCUGUUAAUAAAAAAAAUGAUAAUAAUGAAAUUAUAAA